AUUAGAGGCUGCCCUUGCGCCAAUGAGCCUUCCCAACAUCUCCUCAGCCUUUGAAGACAAGAUGUGUGAGGGGAACAGGACCGCCAUGGCCAGCCCUCAGCUGCUGCCCCUGGUGGUGGUUCUAAGUAGCAUCUCCCUGGUCACAGUAGGUCUCAACCUGCUGGUGCUGUAUGCCGUACACAGUGAGCGUAAGCUGCACACCGUGGGCAACCUGUACAUUGUCAGCCUGUCGGUAGCAGACCUGAUCGUAGGUGCAGUUGUCAUGCCCAUGAACAUCCUUUAUCUCAUCAUGACCAAGUGGUCCCUGGGCCGCCCCCUCUGCCUCUUUUGGCUCUCUAUGGAUUAUGUGGCCAGCACAGCAUCCAUCUUCAGUGUCUUCAUCCUGUGCAUUGAUCGAUACCGCUCUGUCCAGCAACCCCUCCGGUACCUGAGGUAUCGAACCAAGACCCGCGCAUCGGCCACCAUCCUGGGGGCUUGGUUUCUCUCCUUCCUGUGGGUUAUACCCAUUCUUGGCUGGCAUCACUUCAUGUCCCCGGCCUUAGAGCCUCGGGAAGACAAGUGUGAGACAGAUUUCUACAAUGUCACGUGGUUCAAGAUCAUGACCGCCAUCAUCAACUUCUACCUCCCCACUGUGCUCAUGCUGUGGUUCUAUGUGAAGAUCUACAAGGCUGUGCGGAGACACUGUCAACACCGCCAGCUCACCAAUGGCUCCCUCCCUUCCUUCUUAGAAAUCAAGCUGAAGUCAGAGGAUGUCAAGGAGAGUACCAAGAAACCUGGGAAAGAGUCACCCUGGGGGGUCCUGAAAAGGCCAUCAAGAGACCCUAUUGGAGGACUAGAUCAGAAGUCAACCUCCGAAGACCCCAAGAAGAUAAACUCACCCACUGUCUUUAGCCAGGAGGAGGAUAGGGAAACAGUCACACACCACUGUUUCCAUCUAGACACCAUGCAGACACAGACCAUGGCCGAGGAAGGUAGCAGAAGCUCAGAGGCCAUUGACCAGGCCCUGAGCCAGCCCAAAAGGGAUGAGCAGAACCUGAAUACUUGCCGGCGGAUCAGUGAGACAUCAGAGGACCAGACCUUGGUGGAUCGACAGUCCUUCUCCCGGACCACAGACUCUGACACCAGCAUAGAGCCAGGGCUGGGCAGAGACAAACUGAGAAGCGGGUCAAACAGUGGCCUCGAUUACAUCAAGAUCACCUGGAAGAGGUUCCGCUCACAUUCCAGACAGUAUGUGUCUGGGCUGCACUUGAACCGAGAGCGGAAGGCGGCCAAACAGUUGGGUUUUAUCAUGGCGGCCUUCAUCCUCUGCUGGAUUCCCUAUUUCAUCUUCUUCAUGGUCAUUGCCUUCUGCAACAGCUGCUGCAGCGAACCCGUGCACAUGUUCACCAUCUGGCUGGGCUACAUCAACUCCACGCUGAACCCCCUCAUCUACCCCCUGUGCAAUGAGAACUUCAAGAAGACAUUCAAGAAAAUUCUGCACAUUCGCUCCUAAGGGCACAGCAAGAGGAUGCCACAUAGUGGGUGGACAGCGUCUGAUGUCCAAGAGGGAACCAGAGGAAGAAAGCAUGGGCGUCACUAGGGCCCUGGGCGUUGGGGAAUAGAAUCUAAGAUCUUGGGCUGAGCAGUAUGGAGGCAUUCCCAGGGACCGUCAGAAGAAGAGCAGGUGGCGGUGGUUAGCAGGAAGAUUGUACUUCGGGUAGAAAGCAGAAUAUUUGAAAGAAGCGACCUGGCAGAGUACGCCUGGCCCUCAGGAACUGUGGGAGUCUCAGGUGCUCAUAGGAAGUCUGGCUCUCUGACAUGAGUUCCUUAGUAACCAAAUCAGGGAAUGUGUGGCAGAGUUCUUCUGGAGGGUAAGCUUGGACUCGGAGACUUCCCAAGCAAGAGCUAUGUGACUGCAGAGACAUACACACAGAUGCUGUCCCCUCCCAGGGAUCACCUGGAGAGGCAUGGCAGCUAUUCCACUGCAUCCACCACUUCUCAGAACACAGCCCUUCUGAGCCUCUCCUACAGCUUUCUCCAGGGCCGUCUGGUCUGCCCCACCCUGGAACCUGCCUUACCUGUGUCUCAGAGUUGCUAGGAAAUUAGGCAGCUUGCAAGUCCAUCCUUCUCAACUCCUAAUUCCUUCUGGCUCUUAAAAUGGUAACAACAGCAGCAGCAGCAACA